CAUGUGAUCAGGCGUGCUGCUGAAGAUGAUGGCGUGCUGUGGAGGCUGUUUGUGUUGUCAGUGCUGCUGCAAUGAAGGCGAAACCAGAACACCAGAGGAGCUGACAAUACUGGGUGAAACCAGAGAAGAUGAGGAUGAAAUAUUGCCGAGAAAAGACUAUGAGAGUUUGGAUUAUGACCGGUGCAUUAAUGAGCCAUUCCUGGAGGUUUUGGAGGGGUUGGAUAAUAAGAAAGCUAGAAGGUAUGAAGCGAUAAAGUGGAUUUUGGUUUUUGCGAUUGGAGUGUCAACAGGACUGACUGGCCUGUUUGUUGAUUUCUUCGUGUGGCUCUUCACUCAGCUGAAGUUCAGCUUGGUUGGACAAUCUGUGGAGGAAUGCAGUGAGAAUGGCUGUCUAGCUCUCUCCUUACUGGAGCUGCUGGCUCUCAAUAUGGUGUUCGUAUUCAUCUCCAGCGUUCUGGUGCUCAUUGAGCCUGUUGCAGCUGGGUCUGGUAUCCCAGAAAUUAAAAGUUACCUGAACGGAGUAAAGAUUCCCGGGAUUGUGCGGCUGCGAACCUUCAUAUGUAAGGUCACAGGAGUCCUGUUCGCUGUUGCUGGAGGAUUGUUUGUGGGUAAAGAGGGACCAAUGAUUCACAGUGGAGCGAUAGUAGGAGCAGGACUUCCUCAGUUUCAGAGCAUCACCUUCAAGAAGAUCCGCUUUCACUUUCCCUAUUUCCGCAGUGACAGGGACAAGAGGGAUUUCGUGUCAGCGGGUGCAGCGGCUGGAGUUGCGGCUGCCUUCGGGGCACCUAUAGGGGGCACCCUCUUCAGUCUGGAGGAGGGGUCGUCCUUCUGGAACCAGGCCCUCACAUGGAAAGUGUUGUUCUGCUCCAUGUCUGCCACUUUUACACUCAACUUCUUUCGUUCUGGGAUCAACUUCAAUAAAUGGGGAUCAUUCCAGCUGCCUGGCCUGCUCAACUUUGGAGAGUUUAAGUGUGUAGACGGAGAUAAGACGUGUCAUUUGUGGACGGCAGUAGAUUUGGCGUUUUUUGUGUUGAUGGGGGUGGCAGGUGGUUUGCUCGGCGCUCUCUUCAACUGCAUCAACAAACGCCUCGCAAAGUACCGCAUGAGAAACGUUCACCCCAAAGCAAGAUUCAUCAGGCUGCUGGAGAGUCUGCUGGUGUGUAUGGUGACCACACUCGUGAUCUUCGUAGCGUCAGUGACUCUGGGGGAGUGUCGAGAUUUAGUCUCCACCAAUAACAACACAUCAACACAGGGGUCUGUAAAUGAGGAGGUGAACUCAACCAUACGACGCUUCUUCUGCUACAACAACACAUAUAAUGACAUGGCAACCCUGUUCUUCAACCCUCAAGAGGUGGCAAUCCACCAGCUCUUCCACCAGAACGCUACCUUCAGUCCCGUCACACUCUUGCUGUUCUUUGUGCUGUAUUUUUUUCUGAGCUGUUGGACAUACGGUGUGUCCGUCCCCAGUGGUCUGUUUGUCCCGUCUCUUCUCUGUGGAGCUUCACUUGGGCGCCUAGUGGCCAAUGUCCUCAAGAUUAACUUCCACAUGCAAAUAUAUUCGGGGACCUUUGCCUUGAUUGGAGCAGCUGCCUUUCUAGGAGGUGUGGUCAGAAUGACCAUCAGCCUGACAGUCAUCUUAAUUGAAUCCACCAAUGAGAUCACAUACGGACUUCCCAUUAUGAUAACACUGAUGGUGGCCAAGUGGACAGGAGAUUUCUUUAAUAAGGGAAUAUAUGAUAUUCAUAUUCACCUGAAGGGAGUCCCACUGCUGGAGUGGGAAACAGAGGUCGAGAUGGACAAAUUAACGGCCAGCGACAUCAUGGAGCCCAACCUGACGUAUGUGUAUCCUCACACCCGUAUCCAGUCUCUGGUCAGCAUCCUGAGGACCACCGUCUAUCACGCUUUCCCCGUCGUCACCGAGAACAGAGACAAUGAGAAGGAGUUCAUGAAGGGCAAUAUCCUCAUAAGCAACAAUAUCAGAUUUAAGGUACAACAUGACAUGUAUUGUAGCAGUAUUGAACUACAGCGUUUUGACCACAAGAUGGUACACGUGCCGUACCCAAACCUGUACCCGGACCAGUCUCCCAGUGAGGAGUGGACCCUGGAGGAGAGGUUCCGGCCGCUCACCUUUCACGGGCUCAUCCUGCGCUCUCAGCUCGUCAACCUGCUGAUCCGCGGCGUCUGCUACGCUGAAAACCAGUCGAGCGCCUCACAGCCACGGCUCUCUCAUUCAGAGAUGACUGAGGAUUACCCACGAUUCCCUGACAUCCACGAUCUCGACCUGGCCCUUCUCAAUCCACGCAUGAUUGUGGACGUGACUCCUUACAUGAACCCCUGUCCAUAUACAGUCUCUCCAAAUACAUGUGUCUCCCAAGUAUUCAAUCUGUUCAGGACCAUGGGCCUUCGACACUUACCUGUGGUCAAUGCGGUGGGAGAGAUCGUGGGAAUAAUCACCAGACAUAAUCUUACCCAUGAGUUUUUAGUUGCUAAACUCCGACAGCAUUACAUCACAAUCUAAGACACCGUCUGCGAUCAAGCAGCCAAGCUUGAGUAAUGGCGUCCUCGAGGUGAGAAGAGCCUGAACCCCUGCUUCAGGUCGCACCCUAAAGCCAUUCCUAGUAUCUGUGUGGACUGCUAGAGUUCGGUACCUGACCCGUCCUGACACACACACGCCUCAUGCUAGCACUGAUGCAGGUGAGGUCCCGUUCAUCAGCGCCGCCUGUGCUUUAUCAACCUCACUGUAGCACUUUUCAUUUAGUCUCUGAGUUCUGAAUGUUUUAAUAGUGCUCACCAUUUCUGUGUAUUUCUGAACGUUUGCGUUUGUACAAAGACUGAUGUAAACCACUGACCACAGUCCCUGGCCGAAAGGGUAAAUGUCAUGAAAACGGUCAAGAGCAUGCCUGGGCCAUCACCCUAAAAUCAAAAGGAAGAAAUAUUUUUGUUUCUUUUUGAUUGCAUUUUUAGGACCAUUAAGAUUUUAUGCAUGUCAUUUUUUUUCAUUGCAGUUAAACAUUUUCUCCAAAUUACUGUACUGCCAAAAUAAAUUUAAAUUGUAUUGCCAUAAGUAAUGCUGAUUUAAAUCAAAUCAGUGCAUUACUGUAAUGCAAAUAUUUUAUUU